CUUUCAUCUAGAGAUGAAGAGAGUAGUACCUCAUAAUAGUCUAUUACGAAGUACUUUAUACUCGUAUAAUUUAAACAAAAUAAGAUGAAUCAAACAAAGCCUUCCGACGCACCCGAGAAUCGAGACCCUCACCCCCAAUGCAAAUAAUCCUCGUGGGAAAUAUUUUGCAUACUUGUAUAUAGUUAGCACAAAAAACGACUCCCAACAACCAUCACACCUUGACACACCCCUCUCUCUCUCUCUCUCUAAAUCAGAGUGAAAGAGAUGGGUAGAAUGGAGGUCAGAGCUAGAGCUCCCGGAAAAAUCAUCCUCGCCGGAGAACACGCCGUCGUUCACGGAUACACCGCCGUCGCCGCCUCCAUUAAUCUCUACACUUCCGUAUCUAUUCUCUUUUCCCACGAAAUAGGUGAUACACUUAAGCUUGAUCUCAAGGACAUGGAACUAGAGUUUUCCUGGCCAAUAGGAAGAAUCAAAGAAGUACUUCCAGGUUUUGACAGCCCUUCACCUUCGACACCCUUAUCUUGUUCAUCAGAAACCCUUAAGUCAAUGGCACCACUCUAUGAAGGGCAAAAUAUUCCAGAGGCAAAAAUAACAUUGGCUUCUGGAGUGUUGGCCUUUAUCUGGCUAUACACCAACACCCAAGGGUACAAACCUGCAACAGUGACUGUGACAUCUGAACUUCCUCUAGGUGCAGGCUUGGGUUCAUCUGCUGCAUUCUGUGUAGCACUUUCAGGUGCCCUUCUUGCAUUGUCAGAAUCUUGUGAGCUUGACUAUAGUCAGCAAGGUUGGAUAGCUUUGAAAAAUAGCGAGCUUGACCUAGUAAACAAAUGGGCUUUUGAAGGCGAAAAGAUAAUUCAUGGAAGACCAUCUGGCAUUGACAAUACAGUAAGCACCUUUGGAAAUAUGAUACAAUUCAGGUCAGGUGAAAUCACAAGGCUCAAGGCGAAUACACCAUUAAAGAUGCUAAUUACAAAUACUAAGGUAGGGAGAAACACAAAAGCACUAGUUGCUGGUGUGUCAGAAAGGACACUGCGCCACCCUGAGGCAAUGGCUUCUGUUUUUAAAGCUGUUGACUCUAUCAGCAAGGAUUUGUCUGAUAUCAUACAAACACCGGCUCUUGAUGACAUUGCAGCCACUGAAAAGGAAGAAAAGGUGGAAGAACUAAUGGAGAUGAACCAAGGAUUGCUUCAGUGUAUGGGAGUGAGCCAUACUACAAUAGAGACGGUUCUCCAUACAACGCUUAAAUACAAGCUACGUUCCAAGCUGACUGGAGCUGGUGGCGGAGGCUGUGUACUGACACUAUUGCCAACGAUUCUGUCUAGCAUUGUGGUGGAUAAAGUGGUUGCUGAGCUAGAAUCCUGCGGCUUCCAAUGCUUCAUCGCUGGAAUUGGUGGCAAUGGCAUGGAGGUUUGCUUCAACGAUAAUGCCCAAAAUUGAGCAGUGCAUUCUCAGGAGCCAUUGUGAGUCUUAACAUUGUUGUUGAAUGAUUCUGAUUGUACCAAUUUAAGUCAUUUUUUUUCCCACUGUACCAUAUGUUGUACAUUAAUUCCAUUAUUGUAGCUGCCAUGCUCAUUUUUUAUUUCAUUGCAUCGAAAUUCUCUUUAUAAUCCUUCAAAAUUUGAGAAUCUCGAUGUAGGUAUCAAAAACUUGAGUAGCUUGAAGAUGUAAAAUUAUUGUUGUUUUUAGCCUUUCAAUUUAUCGUGGAAAGAAAUGUUAUGUGAUGUUGGAAGACCAUCAAA